GCAGUGCCGAUUAAAGUAACGGGCGAUUGUUGGAAUGUAUUAUUUACCGCGGAAAUUUGCGAUCAACGAUGUUUCCUCGAUCGUUUAGCGGUCGAUGGAUUGAAAGAGGUUAUGAUUGCAGUGCUGGAAUGGUCCGGAGUAUCUCUGAUCGAUCGGAGCUUCGAAGAGGUGCAGCAGAUAAUCGAGCGGACCGACGACGUGGCGGAACUGGUGGUGGAACAUGCGACCGAUAUCACCGGAGACUUGCUAGACGAUCCGCAAUCCGGAAAAACUCCGACAAAUUUGAACUUGCUGAUGGAAACCGAAACGGACAAAACGCCCUCGUCGCCGACGCGCAGGAAACUGCCAAAGACGCCGGAGCAAAUAGCAAAGGAGAGGCAGGUGACAGGUCGUGUACAGAUUCAGGUUUCAUACGAGGGCGAGCGUAGAGAAUUGAUCGUUUCGGUUUUUAUGGCCGACGACUUAUGUGCGCGAGAGGAUAGUGGAUUCGGCACCUUACCAGAAGCUUUCGCUAAGCUUAUUCUUGCCCCGCCAAGCGGCGACACAGUUCCGCUAAAGACUAUCGUGGCCGAGCCGACCCAGAAACCUAUCUGGAACGCUACAUUGUUCUUUACCGGAGUUGAUGGCGAGAGUCUGAUGGAACGUGCGAUCGAGGUGACUCUCUGGGAUUACUGUCCCGAUGGUGAUAAUGUGUUCCUUGGCGAAUGCACUGUUGAUGUUCAGCGAGCGCUUGAAAAUGAUAGAGCAGUUUGGUAUCGACUGGAAGAUCCGCGCGGACUUCGAACGGGCAAAUCGCCGUAUUGUUCGCCGCGCGGCUCACUGUCGACGGACAUCGCGCAGAGGCUGUUGAGAAAGGAACUGCGAGAUCGUAGCUACAGCGACGAUACGCAGAGCGACAGCGGUAGUCCAGAGUUCUGCUUCUUGCAUCCGGACCAUGCCUGGGUCGCCAAUUCUAGACGCGGUUCCAGUCAGUCCGAGCAACUCGAGGUCGAGCCUUACGAGCUCAGUCGGGAUUACAGUAGAUCCCUUCCGGGUAGCCGCAGAAGCAGCUUCCAGAGUCCAACUGGUACCGAUAGUAAACGUGGAAGUAUGGGCGAAGCUGACGUGUCCUCGAUAGUGUACUACAAUCGCGAUCGACGGCGAAGUUCGUUCACCAGACCGAUGCGGGAUCCAGAGGAGAUCUUGGAGGGUUUGCGAUCAUUGAAGGCGGCCAAGGGAGAGCUCAAUAGGACUAUGAGCCUUACCGGAGACAAGAGACGUAGCAGCCGGCGGGGUGAGCGCAAAGACAGCGUAAUGGAGAUUCCUGAGAGAUUUUACGAUCGUAACAGCGAAUCCGACGAAGACGAGAAAUGGAGUCAGUCGGCGAGAGAUGAAAAUGGCGUUGACCUAAAAUUGGGUCGCGGACAGGUGCUGCCGAAGGGAUACAAAAUAAUGAGUGGUGCGCAGAACGGCGAAGUGCAACUGGGCUUUUAUAUAUGCAAGGGAACUCUCGAGGUUGAAGUUAUCUGUGCAAGGGAUAUCUGUCUCGAGGAAAAGGAGGAGCCAGAUACUUACGUGAAGACGUACUUGCGAGAACGAGAUGGCGAGAAGUGGCUGCAGAAGCGCAAGACUCGCGUAGUACGGCACUCAAAGAAUCCACAGUAUCGGCAAACGUUGAAGUAUGGUCGCUGCGACGUCCUGCAGGGCAAGCACCUGCUGGUGAUGUUGUGGGAGAAAAAGCAAGGCUUCGAGAGCAAUCAGGGUCUCGGCGGAGCGGAAGUGGACCUCAAUCUGCUGACGCCGAAAGAGUUUAUUUUCGACUGGUAUCCGCUCUUCCCGAUCCACACCCUCGGCACGCAAAAUGCAGACUCGCCAUGAUGGUUAAGGGAAAAAUGGGCCCUCGAGGCCGGCGAGCUCGACCUCAGACUGAGCCUUUUGCUCAAAGACGAGGGCGAGUCCGUCGUCAAGAUUAUCUCUUGAUGGAAAUCGUGGUUGAUUGUGUGGCGGUGUUGGCUAGCUCGGAUCCAGCGCAAUCUCGAUUUUUGCGAGAUAAUGGCGUUUCUUAUUAUUACAAGUCUCUGAGUGUGGCGACUAGAGGCGCACGUUGCUCCAAAAGGCAAAGUUUGCGUCCACAAAGUCCCAGUCUUUCCGUGUUGAUGCGAUUUUCCGAUCAUAAUUUCUGAUGUCUUAAAUUUGUAAUAAUAUGCGCGUUCAAAAAUACUUUGAUUUAAUACUGUGUUUUUCUGUCUUAUUUACUCAAAUUUUAUUUUCUCUUUAUUUCUAUUGAUGGAAAAAAUAAAGCGGAGAAAAUAUAGAACGGAUGAAGAUUUGUUAUUAACUUGUGUCGAGUCGAUUAAUGGAUAUUUAUUAUGAUUUAUCAUCAAUUCGCAAAUACUACAAACAAACAGAUAAUAGAUGACAUGUUUAUUAAUUAAAUAUUUGAUUAUUCGUUAACUUUUGCAAAUAUAAACGA